GCGAACGGCACGCGUCGUUUCCAUGGACUACAGGAAUAUCUCCUUUCUUGUGUCCAAUGUUUCUGCGUUUGUUACAGCAGACUUUUACCGAUUACUGCCACUUACCUCCUUUCAAUGCCCUAAAUGGGUUUUGUCUCUUGUCGGACUGUAAUUCAUUGGGUAAGUAAGUGCUGGUGGACACACUCGCUGUUGUUUCAGGACUGGGACAUCGUAUUUACGUAAAUAUUUUGGAUAUUAGAUGAGCGAAAAGUUCUGGAUCUCUCAUUUUGGACAUUGUCAGAGGUGUGCUCUUCACCAGCGUGAAAGUACUACACAACUUAAACACUUUUGUCCGCGGAAAGACUGAAUUUUUUGUACUGGGUGGAUGUUCAUUUUCAUAACGGGAGUAAAAAUACAACUCCGAGUCCUUGAUAGAAAUGCUAAUGCUGCGGUUGAUGGAGAAACAUUCCUAAGAAAUCACCUGCAGUGGACCUGGCGCCCCGUAUCAGUAUACGUGCGCUUCAAAACAUUUAACUUCACCCCCAUGCACACUAGUAAUAUUGUUUGAAAUUCAUACAUUGACCAGAUGGCUUUGCCUUCUCAAAUUUGACCAAAAUUGGGACUUUCACUUGAGGUCAUUGCCUCCUUUGAAUGGAACAAAGGAGGUUGAUGUUUCUGAAUCUGCUUUCUUUUACAAACAUUCAGAGAUUCGUUCUCCGAGUUUUUCAGAUGUGGAUGUUGCGGUCCCACCAUCUCCUCAAGCGCAGAGGGAUCUAGUGAAGUUCAGCCCUCCACCAGUCUUUUGUCUCUGUUAGGUCCCAUUCAUUUGUCUUGUAGGAGGAACAUGGGAGUCCAGACAAGGGGAGCCUGGCUGUCUAUGGCGUUCUCGGACUGGGUCAGUGGAUUGGGAAUUCUCUUAAUCUUCCUGAUGGAGAGUUUAGCAGUGGAUGCAACCAACAUGGAGCCAGUCUACUGGAACUCUUUGAACAGAAGGUUUGGAGAUGAAAGGGGCUACAUACUCUACCCUCAAAUAGGGGAUCGUUUGGACCUUGUGUGUGCUGCCACGAGUCCAUCUGGGCCGAACUCUCCCCCUGAGUAUGAGUAUUAUAAACUCUACCUGGUGUCCUCACGAGAGCAGGCUGACAGGUGUGAGGUGAUGGGCACCCCAAACCUUUUGCUCACCUGUGACAAACCCAACAGCGAUAUGAGGUUUACCAUCAAGUUCCAGGAGUAUUCGCCCAACCUGUGGGGUCACGAAUUCAAGAACUUACGAGACUAUUACAUCAUAGCUACCUCUGAUGGUACAAAAGAAGGAAUCGACAGCAUGAGAGGAGGCGUCUGCGUGACGCGAGGGAUGAAGCUGGUUCUCAAAGUGGGACAGACUGCAUAUGGCCUUCCCCCAAAGCCCAAACCUGAUCCAGGCCGACCCAGCAACAGAAUCCCAGAUACAGAAAGUGGCUCUAAAGCGGGUGAUGGGAGUGAGGCCGGAGAGAGGGAAGACGGCGGGGCCGUGUCUGUCUCUAACAUCGCCUUAAUCACCAGUGGUGCCGGGGGAGCCUUCAUCCUCCUGAUCGCCAUAGUGAUUGCUGUGGUGUGUUACCGCCGACGGAAAGCCAAGCACUCCGAAUCUCACCACCCCGCCCUUACGCUCUCCUCUCUUACCCCAAAGAGAGGCAGCUCCUGCGGGGCAGCUACGGGAGUCGGCGGAGGCAACAAUAAUGGCUCAGAGCCCAGUGAUAUCAUCAUUCCCCUGCGGACCUCUGACUCGGCGUACUGCCCCCAUUACGAAAAAGUCAGUGGUGAUUACGGACACCCCGUCUACAUCGUUCAAGAGAUGCCCCCUCAGAGUCCAGCCAAUAUUUACUACAAAGUAUGAGAUCAGCGAACACGCAGACAGCCCAUCCUGAAUUUAUGGUACCUCACACACAUGCACUGUGUCCAAGUGACUCUAUAUUUAAGAGCCUAUUCGCGGUACUAAAACUUGGACCUGAAGUUGAGUUCUAGAAAAGUGGUAAAUCCAGAUUUUAUGUCAUAGCAGCGUGUUUGCGUUCAUUUACACGUGUGUGUCUCUGUGCGCGGAUCACGGAUUUCACAUGUACUCAGGUGCAAGUGAAUUUACAUCACACGCUUGUUGGAGAUGCAUUUAAAUAUCCGUUCUGAUGGUUGAAACUUUAUUUCAAUGGUUUCUGAUGGUUAUUGUGCUUAUCCUCAAAACCAAACAGUAGAGAGUGAUUCAUACUUUAAAAAAAGAAUACCUGUAUAAAUACUAUAAGUACUUCUUACAUUUUUACACUCUGGGGGAAAUUCACUAAGAAAGUGCACUGGCUGAUUGCGUGUGUUUAUUUGCACAUGCAUUGUUUUAGUGGUCCAUUCACUAAAGGAAAUUCGGUAUCAAUAAUAACGCACACCCAAAAGAUCUAAACACCGUCUCCACGCCACAAUUCUCCACCUUGCUGAAUUGCAGAUUAGCACAAUCUGGCAUACUUUACUGGGACUGUACCGUAUCGCUAAGAUCCAGACAACUGACUGACUCUUUAAAAUGCCAAAAACAGUUUCGACUCCAUUGUGCGUCUAGAUAGGUUUCCAUUUAAAAGCUUUUUUCAUCAUUUGAUGAAUUAACGUGCCCUUAUCACUAGAAACUUUACACAAACUUAUUUUUUAAAUGUUAGCACAUUGCUAAUUGCUUUUUUUUUUGACAGUUUUGGGUACCAGACAAAACAGACGUCUUCUGACGUGAUCUGGUGAAGACACCGAAUUCAAAAUUCCUUGCGCUUUGGAACAAUCUAACAUUGUUGGUGUAGUUGGCAGAAUCAAGCUUUUUUGGCUUAGUUGGAUCUGUUGUUUUGCGCAUUCUAAAAUAAGGCUAAUUUGCAUAGAAAGGAGGCAUGUUUGCGCUGAAACUGAAAAAAUGCUUUAAUAAUUCACUGAAUUUUUUUUUUAUACUAUUCCAUCGCACAAAGCGCUUGUUAAACUGGAUUGUGGCUAGUGAAUGAGACGCCGAGUGUACUGGGCACAAAAGUACUGCAACUGUUUAGUGAAUUCGCCCCUCUUU